AUGCGACGGCAUGUUCCUCGGUUGCUAUCGAAUUGUCGACCUCCAAUCAUCCCUUCUUGCAAACCAUCAUUUGCCUGCGUUCGUCCUCAGUUCUACUCGACGCCUUCCAGUGGACCAUCAUCAUCAUCAUCAUCAUCAUCAUCAUCAUCAUCAUCAUCAUCAUCAUCAUCAUCAUCAUCAUCAUCAUCAUCAUCAUCAUCAUCAUCAUCGACAUCAUCGACAUCCCCACUACCUUCACUAUUUACUCCAUCUGGGGAACCGUCCACCUCCAAACCAUUCUACGUCACCACACCGAUAUUCUACGUUAAUGCCUCACCACAUAUAGGACAUCUCCAUUCGUUACUUCUCACAGAUGUGUUGGCUCGAUUCUCUCGUCUAAGAUAUCCAAGUAGAAAAGUAAUAUUCGCUACUGGGACAGAUGAACAUGGUAUGAAAAUACAACAAGCUGCUAAAGCCAAAGGUGUCAAUGAACAAGAAUUCUGUGACGAUGUCAGUGAAAGGUUUAGGGACUUGGCUAAGUUGGCCAAUGCAUCAAAUACCGAUUUCAUCAGAACAACAGAGGAAAGACAUUACAAAGCUGUUGAGCACUUCUGGGACAAAUUGGUAGCUCGUGGAGACAUAUAUAAAGGAACUCAUUCAGGAUGGUAUUCGAUUUCCGAUGAAUCGUUCUAUGCCGCUUCACAGGUGACGAAGAGAGAAGAAGAUGGUAAGAUGAUUGCGGUAGAAAGUGGGAACGAAGUUAUAUGGGAAGAAGAGACGAAUUGGAAAUUCAAAUUAUCAUCUUAUAAAGAUUUCUUAAAAAAUUGGUUAUCGAAUCCAGAAUCUGUACACCCUCCUAGCGUUCGAAAUCACCUUUUAUCACAAAUAGAUAAUCUGGAAGAUCUCUCUGUGUCAAGACCUAAAUCAAGGGUGAAAUGGGGUAUAUCAGUUCCAUCCGAUCCAGAUCAAUCAAUUUAUGUAUGGGUGGACGCUUUGAUAAAUUACUUGACUGUCACUGGUUAUCCGAAUGAGCCUGUCGGUUGGCCUGCAGAUGUUCAAGUUGUCGGAAAGGAUAUCAUCAAAUUUCACGCUAUACACUGGCCGGCAUUGCUCGCUUCUGCAUCCUUACCCCCGCCAAGAAGAGUGAUAGCUCACGCCCAUUGGACGAUGGGUAAAUCGAAAAUGUCAAAAUCCAGAGGAAACGUCGUGGAUCCAAUUCAAGCAAUGAGAGAAUGGAGUGUUGAUGGUGUCAGAUGGUAUCUGAUGAGAAUAGGAGGAAGUUUGACUGAUGAUGCAGAUUACGCACCUGAUCAAGUGGAAAUUCAAUAUAGGAUAUUAGCAGAUCAAUUCGGUAAUUUAUUAUCAAGGAUAUCAGGAUCUAAAAUGUUGAAAAAAGCAGUUAGAAAUUUAGAUUUCAAUUUACCUGAAUCGAAAGAUAGAGACCAAGAAUUAGAUGAAUUGUUGAGUAAGAUGAGAGAUGAUUAUGAGAGGAAAAUGGAGAUUUACGGUGUUAGUCAAGCUUGUUCAGGUGUAAUGGAUGUUAUUUCAUCUGCGAAUAAAUUAUUCACAAAUUUGACUCCAUGGUCUUCGAAAGAUGGUACGAAAGCGAUCGUAUACGCAUAUCAUUCAUUACGAAUUUCUUCAAUACUUUUACAACCUAUCAUCCCCACGAAAUCAUCAGAAGCAUUAGAUAGGUUAGGUGUGCCGCUCGACGAAAGAUCAUGGGAUCACGCUACUUGGCUACCAGCAGAAACGGAAACGAAAAUACAAUCGAGUACAGAAGAUCUCGUAGAGAGGUUAAAACAAGGUGCGGAACAAUGGAAAGGAAAAGGUCAUUUAUUCCCUUUACCCGACAAAGGUAAAUCUAGUUUAAAUCCUUAA